GGUGUGAGGUAGCGGUCUCUCCGCAGGGCUCACAUGACCGGCUGAGGAAUGAGGCAGCCCGCACCCUGGGAGGAGUCUGCGCACAGGAACUGCCCGUCUCAUCCUGUUUCCUACUAAGCGCCCGACAUAGGGAUAGUGGAGUUGGAGUUGGGCUGUAGCCCCGCUGAACUUUCUCGGUCACAGGCCCUGAGGCGCCGCCGCAGAAAUGACUCUGAAUACAGGGAAUAUUAACUUUAAAUGGGACCCAAAAAGUCUGGAAAUUCGAACGCUUGCAGUUGAAAGACUUCUUGAGCCACUUGUUACGCAGGUAACAACCUUGGUUAAUACCAGCAACAAGGGACCAUCAAAUAAAAAGAAAGGCCGUUCUAAGAAAGCUCAUGUUCUGGCAGCAUCUGUUGAGCAAGCAACUCAAAAUUUUCUGGAAAAAGGAGACAAGAUAGCGAAGGAGAGCCAGUUUCUUAAGCAGGAGUUAAUAGAGGCAGUUGAGGAUGUUCGAAAACAAGGAGAGGUGAUGAGAAGUGCAUCUGGAGAGUUUGCUGAUGAUCCGUGCUCAUCUGUGAAACGUGGUAACAUGGUCCGAGCUGCACGUGCAUUGCUGUCUGCAGUUACAAGGUUGCUUAUAUUGGCUGAUAUGGCAGAUGUCUACAAACUACUUGUUCAGCUGAAAGUGGUGGAAGAAGGAAUUGUAAAACUAAGAAAUGCUGGUACAGAGCAGGAUUUAGGAAUACAAUACAAAGCUUUAAAAGCAGAGGUUGACAAGUUAAAUUUAAUGGCUGCAAAAAGGCAACAGGAGCUGAAAGAUAUAGGGCACAGAGAUCAGAUGGCUGCAGCUCGAGGAAUUCUGCAGAAAAAUAUUCCAAUUCUUUAUACCGCUUCCCAAGCAUGUCUGCAGCAUCCUGAUGUGGCCGCGUACAAAGCAAACAGAGACUUGAUCUAUAAACAGCUACAGCAAGCAGUCACUGGCAUCUCAAAUGCAGCACAAGCCACAUCAUCAGAGGAAGUAGCUUCACAGCAUGGAGGAGGAGAGUUGGCUAUUGCACUAAACAAUUUUGAUAAACAAAUCAUUGUGGAUCCUCUUGGCUUUAGUGAGGAACGAUUUAGACCAUCCUUGGAGGAACGACUGGAAAGUAUCAUCAGUGGAGCUGCUCUGAUGGCUGAUUCUUCGUGCACUCGUGAUGAUCGUCGGGAACGUAUAGUAGCUGAGUGUAACUCUGUUCGACAAGCUUUGCAGGAUCUUCUCUCAGAAUACAUGGGAAAUACUGGACGAAAGGAAAGAAGUGAUGCAUUAAACACUGCAAUAGACAAAAUGACGCGAAAAACACGAGAUUUGCGCAGGCAGCUCCGUAAAGCUGUUAUGGAUCAUGUUUCUGACUCCUUUUUGGAGACCAAUGUACCACUUCUUGUUUUAAUUGAAGCUGCCAAGAAUGGAAAUGAGAAGGAAGUCAAGGAAUAUGCCCAGGUGUUUCGUGAACAUGCAAAUAAACUAAUUGAGGUGGCCAAUUUGGCAUGCUCCAUAUCCAAUAAUGAGGAAGGUGUUAAACUUGUCCGUAUGUCCGCAAGUCAGCUGGAAGCUUUAUGUCCACAGGUAAUAAAUGCAGCAUUGGCUCUUGCUGCCAAACCUCACAGCAAGGUAGCUCAAGAAACAAUGGAUCUUUUCAAAGAUCAGUGGGAAAAGCAAGUUCGUAUUUUAACAGAUGCAGUUGAUGACAUCACAUCAAUAGAUGACUUCUUGGCUGUAUCAGAAAAUCACAUUUUGGAGGAUGUCAAUAAAUGUGUUAUAGCUCUUCAGGAAAAAGAUGUUGAUGGUCUGGAUCGUACAGCUGGUGCAAUACGUGGACGUGCAGCUAGAGUUAUCUAUGUUGUUACUUCAGAGAUGGAUAAUUAUGAGCCUGGAGUCUACACAGAAAAAGUUCUAGAAGCAACCAAACUUUUGUCCAAUACAGUCAUGCCACGAUUCACAGAGCAAGUUGAAGCAGCAGUGGAAGCUCUCAGUGGAGACACCAAUCAGCCAAUGGAUGAGAAUGAAUUUAUUGAUGCAUCUCGAUUAGUGUAUGAUGGGAUCCGUGAUAUCCGGAAGGCAGUGCUGAUGAUAAGAACUCCUGAAGAGUUGGAUGAUUCUGAUUUUGAGACUGAAGACUUUGAUGUAAGAAGUCGAACCAGUGUCCAGACUGAAGAUGACCAACUAAUUGCUGGACAGAGCGCACGAGCAAUUAUGGCUCAAUUGCCACAAGAACAAAAAGCUAAAAUUGCCGAGCAGGUCGCAAGCUUCCAAGAAGAAAAAAGUAAACUUGAUGCUGAAGUAUCAAAAUGGGAUGACAGUGGAAAUGAUAUUAUUGUUCUGGCCAAGCAGAUGUGUAUGAUUAUGAUGGAGAUGACGGAUUUCACUAGAGGAAAGGGACCACUUAAAAAUACAUCAGAUGUAAUUAGUGCAGCAAAGAAAAUUGCUGAAGCCGGUUCACGUAUGGACAAGCUGGGACGUACCAUUGCUGAUUAUUGCCCUGAUUCAACCUGUAAACAGGAUCUUUUGGCAUAUCUUCAACGGAUUGCUCUCUACUGCCACCAGCUUAAUAUCUGCAGCAAAGUUAAGGCUGAAGUUCAGAAUCUGGGAGGUGAAUUGGUUGUCUCUGGGGUUGACAGUGCCAUGUCCCUCAUUCAAGCUGCCAAGAAUUUGAUGAAUGCUGUGGUGCAGACAGUUAAGGCAUCUUACGUGGCCUCUACAAAGUACCAGAAGUCACAAGGAAUGGCUUCUUUAAAUCUUCCGGCAGUUUCUUGGAAAAUGAAGGCUCCAGAGAAAAAGCCUCUGGUCAAGAGAGAAAAGCAGGAUGAGACUCAAACCAAAAUAAAACGGGCAUCUCAGAAGAAACUUGUCAGUCCUGUCCAGGCACUUAGUGAAUUUAAAGUUAUGGAAAGCAUAUGAGUAUAUGCAACAUAAAUGUGAUAUUUUGCAUUGUUCACUUUUCUAGCAUAAGUGGGAUCGGUCCUUCUUAAUCAAGUUGAGGGUAUUAAAUAAUUAGGAAAAGGAUAAAAAAUAUCCUUUAGGGGGAAAUGUUUUAUAGCAUUUAGAUGACACACACCACUGUCUACAAGGAAAAUGAUGUAAAUCUUGUUUUCCAUAGUUAAAAAUUGCCUUCCUGAUAGACUAGUAAGUUACAAAACUGUGAGCUAAGUCUUUAUAUUUUCAAGCUAUAGUCUGAGGUUAAAUAGUAUGUAGCAGUGGUUUUAUCUCAGAAUGAUUUAUUGCUUUAACGGGUGCUCCAGCAAAAUCAAAUACCCUUUCUUUCGCAGCAGCUUGCUAAGUUAUAUGUGUGCCAAUUGAAAGUACCUGGUCUGUUAAAUUAAUAUCGGGGCAAUAUUAAAAUGUCUGCUGCGCCGGAAGUCUUCUUCCUUUCCACCAAGAACAGCAUGUCGGACCCAUCUCUCCUUGCUGCGGUGACCAUUUGUAGCCUGGGACACAUCCCCCAAACGUUCUCCCCACUUCCCUCUGCCCUUGGCACCUACCAAUUACUGCAUGUUUAACGAUGAUUCGCUGACCAUCACUCACUGCCUUACCACUAUGUUUCUCUAUCAGACAUGCCCAUGGAAGUGACCAGAUUUUUCAUCGGGUGCUGGAGGGCGUACAGGGGACACAGAGCACUCAUUUUUGGACCAUAUGGAUUGUGAGGGGAAAGCUGGAAUAUAUGUUUGAUUUUAUUAUUCAGUUUUGGGGAAAAUUGGCCAAACAAUCACUUUAAAUUUGUUAUGCACAAACCAGUCUAAUUCCCUUUUAUUUUUGCCUGUGUUUUGACUGAUUUUGGACAAUCUUUUUCUCUUUAUAUGUUUUAUUUUUUUAAUGCGUCGUUUAAGUCUAAAUCAAAAGCCAGUUUUUCUCUAUCUACCGUAUUAGCACUGCCAGGACAACACAUACAGCUUUAGAUAUUGUUGGCCCUUGGGAACUAAAGCUUCCUGUCUUUAUAAUAGUUGUCUCCAAUAUUAUAUAGCAGCCUUAUUUAAUGAUUUUAAUAUGUAUCACUAGACAUACAUGCUUAGUAGAAUUAGUACUGUUUCUCUGGAGAAAAGCUUUAUUUAUUUUUUUUUUUUAUUAAAGGGAUGCAAGAAAGUUAAACAGAUUUGUAAAUGACUUCUAUUUAAAAAAUCUUAACCCUUCCGGUACUUAUCAGCUGCUGUAUACUACAGAGGAAAUUAUUUUCUUUUUGAAUUCCUUUUUUCUGUCUGACCACAGUGCUUUCUGCUGACACCUCUGUCCAUUUCAGGAACUGUCCAGAGCAGGAUAGGUUUGCUAUAUGGAUUUUCUCCUGAUCUGGACAGUUUCUGGCAUGGACAGAGGUGUCAGCAGAGAGCACUAUGGUUAGACAGAAAAGAACAACUCAACUUCCUCUGUAGUAUACAGCAGCUGAUAAGGACUGGCAGGAUUAAGAUUUUUUAAUAAAAGUAAUAUACAAAUCUGUUUAACUUUCUGGCACCAGUUGGUUGUUUUCCACUGGAGUACCCCUUUAAUCUAAAUAAUAAUGCUGGGUUAUGUGGUCUAUAGACAGAGCCUGAUUCUGUGGGGUGGUGGUCAUUUCUUUAAGGCUUAUUCAGACCUCUCAUGCUAGAACUUUACUUCUUCUAAAAUAUGUUAGGCCAUGUUCACACGUCCAGAUUCUCUGUGCGGAAUUCCGCAUUGGAAUUCUGCCGGAGAUUCCAGAGCAGCAGAGUCCCAUUAAAUCCAAUGGGAUUCUGCUGCGCUGUGCAUGUCUGGAAUUUUGUUUUCUGUGUCCGCACAAAGAAUGAGUGUGAUCAUUUUUUGUGUGGACACCACACGGAAUGCAUAGCCAUCUAUGAGACAGCGCAUUCCCAUGCGGUCUUAUCGCCGGUUUGUUAUGCCGGUGGCCGCAGUCUCCGGAAUGUCCGCACAGAGAUUUUCUGUGUGGACAUUCCAGAUGUGUGAACAUAUAUUUUCCUUUUCUUCAUUUACAUUCCUUUUUAUAAUUCUACUUUUAAUUUAUACAGUACUUUGUUCAAGCACAUUUCAGAACACUGAAAAAAGCUUUCAAAAUGUAAUUGUAAAUCCAGAAAUCUGAUUUCUAUGCUGCAAAUAAAGUAAAUUUACUAAAUUGCUU